AUGUACUCAAAUCCGCUACCGACCAAUCGGACCACAGAGAAGGAUGAAUGGGUAGAGCUGAUACAGAAUGUGAUUGCAGGCAAGAUAAUGCCAGCGAAAAAGACCAAGCCAACAAUCGGACAACUGGCAGAAGGGAAACAACAGUUCUCAGGGAGAGCCUUAUCCUCAUCAAAGACGAGAGGCUCCUUUAAAC